AUGACUUCUAUACGAAACCUGGCCUGGGCUGCAAUCAUUUUGUGUGCCAUGUGCCUUUGUACAACCUCUGAUGGAAGACCGAUGGUGAAAAGGUCGGUGAGCGAGAUGCAGCUGAUGCACAACCUGGGCGAGCACCGGCACGCGGUGGAGAGGCAGGACUGGCUGCAGAUGAAGCUGCAGGACGUGCACAGCGCCCUGGAGGACGCCCGCGCCCCGAGGCCCCGCGGCAAGGACGACGUGCUGCUGGGCCGCAGGCUGCUCCCCGAGCACCUCAAGAAAUCCCUGGAGCUGGACAAGGCGUACAUGGAUGUCCUCUUCAAAACAAAGCCGUAGUGAGAGAGCCGGAGCGCUGUCUGUCCACGUGAGCACCUGUCUGUGUAGCAUUGAUCAACUAGGGCAUUUCAUUCCUAUUUAUUCCAGCUGCAUAAGGAUUAAAGGCUCUCC